GUUUUGUGGUGUUCUGUUCUGUCAUUUGUGUCAAGUUUUGUUAUUUCUUAUGUACAUGUUUAAUGAAAAAUUUAUUAUAUAUAAGAGCAAUAAAUGCUGCAAGUAACAUUUAUGUAGAAAUAUUAGCGGCCCAAUAAUGCAGUGUCUCUUUAAGAGGGGAGUGUGCAUGUGACCGGUGUUUUAAUACUUUAAAAAGGAAGCGCGAGAUUCAGUUAGUUGUAUUGACGUUCAACCCGGUGUGCAGCCACUUGGUUUAUUACCUUGUUGCAUUUUUGAAGAAAAAAUAAAGAAUACAGAAAUGUGGAAAACAGAGUAAUAUCCUUUUGUACACUGGGUUGCCCUUUCCGUGGGGAGAACACGGAACAGUAAUAAACCAACGGUCCGAGCACGUAAAGCUAAGUCUGCCACCGCCCUAUCAGCAUUGACCAUUUAAGGAGCACCAAGGGAAGAGGAACAGGCCGAAUAGACCCCUCUGUGUAACAGUGCCUUGGUCAGUGCAGGAAAAGGAAAAUGGAUUCAGCAGAAUUAGUGGUCCUAAAAGGAAUGCGCUCAACCGCACAGCGCUCUUUCAGCAAGAGAGCUAAAAAGCUGUCCCUCACUGUAAACCUUCUAGAAAGAAAGGCGCUUAUCGACGAAAUCAGAGCACUUGGAGUGGACUUUGGAAAGGUGCAGGACAUUGGACUUGAAUACGUUGAUGCUCUAGAAGAAGUGGAAAAUGAGGAAGAAAAAUCAGGAAAUGAAGCGGUUCAUGUGGAAGAGAAAAUGGCGAAGUGCCUUGCCACAUAUACAGAAACGCUCCAGCUGGCUAAGGAGACAUUAUGGACCAAAUUUGCCUAUGUUGAAUUUAAAUUGUAUGCCGAAGGUGCAGAGGAAAAAUGCGCUGAAGUGGAAAACACUGAUGUGAAGGAGUUGCCAGAAGAAGACUUUCAAUGUCUAAGAGAGGGCCUGGGGGAGAGAAUUAAAAUGCUUGAGCAGAAGGUGUCUGAAUGGGAAAGUCUUGUCUCUGAAGCCAAGAUAGCAGUGUACAGGCAGCAGCUAUACAAGCUAGUCAAUAGACUGCAUGACUGGGUGCGAAGCUGGGAAAAGUUGAAGCGAACCGAAGAGGUCGUCGGGAGAGAAGAGGUUGAAGAAGCAGGUGCUGACGAAGAGAAUAGUGAGUCUGGAGAGGAGCUCACUGGAGUUGGCACGCAGCCCCAAAUCCCAAGUGAGACACCUAUACCCAGUACUGGAGCAUCUGCGCUUCCAUAUUCACCACCACAAAGAAUCCCUGACCUGCAUCCUGGGGCAUACAGCUUCAGACCACAGAUCAGUCUUGAAAGAACACGUCUGCCUACGUUCUCAGGAGACAUGACCGAUUAUUACCGGUGGAAGGCUGAGUGGGAAGAGCUGGAACAGCUGGGAAACCCACAGAGGACGGCUGGUGUAACAAGAUUCCAUCUCUUGGCAAGCCUCAGCGACAAGGUGAAGAAAGACUUGGUUCUGUCCAGCUGUGCAUCGGCAGAUGAAAUGUUCAGGCGCCUCAGCAACCGUUUCGGGAACAAGGCGAAAAUCGUCCUGAAGAUAUCAGAGGAGGUUCAGUGCCUACCCCCUGUGAAGGGAGACAGCCCUAGGAAAGCAAUUGAGUUGAUACAAGCAGUGGAGUGGGCCCUUAGUAACCUUGUGAUCUUGGGAGAAGAAGAGGUUAUAAGGAAUCGUUGGGUAGCACAGUCCCUUGAAAGCAAGCUACCAAGCUCUCUGAAGGAGAAAUGGAUUGCGCACAAGACUGAGCCUAUGAAUGGUUUUGCUCCAUAUAACCACUUUGACUGCUUAUUGCACUUCCUGAAGAAGCAGGAGGCGAUCCUGGAGGAGCUGGAUCAGCUGGAGACAAGCUAUAGAGAUGGAAGCUCCUCAGGGAAAGGCCCAGCAGACAAGCUAGAAAGAGGAGUCAAGAAGGCGUUCUCCAAAGUAACCUCAGGCCAAAGACAGUCUCAGUCGAAGCCACGCUUGGGCUCGUGCACUGCUUGUGCUGAUGAGACACACGUUGGCAGGCUGUUUGCCUGCAAAGCCUUUAGGGAGAUGGAUCUUGAGAGGAGGAAGGCCCAUCUGAAGAUCCAUGGGAUAUGCAAUCGGUGCCUGUGUUACCAUGUAAAGGAUGGUCAUUGCAACCCUAAGUUCCUCUGCAGAAAAAUGGACUGCCGCAAAGAAGAGCCACACCACUAUCUGCUGUGCCCCAAGUCCAUCACUCAAGACACUGGCAACGAGGUACAAGGUAUCAAAAGGGUAGAGAGGAAAGGCCUCGGGCUGACCAGUAAGCAAGAAGAGCUCCUGGCGAAAGUCACUCCAGAACUAAGAGCAGAAUUCAGGAAGGCAUUUUCCAACAAAUCCUCAACCACGAUCUGUACUGCUGGAGGUGGACUGAAAGAGUACCCAGUUAUAAUGAUGUUACUGGAAGUGACAACCAACUCAGGCCAGCUGAUAGGCACCCUUAUUGACCUUGCCUCUGACACCAAUUAUAUAACAAACAACGCUGCCCAGCGCCUUGGGCUGAUUGGUGAGAGCAUCAAGUUAAUUGUCCACGGAAUAGGAGGGAUGAGAAAAACGGUUACAACUAAGAGGUACUCCUUGAGACUUAGAGUGAGGACCACCAAGGGGACAGUAACGGAACACAAGCUACUCUGCUAUGGCCUUGAGAGUAUUGCGGAGAUAAGUCAAACUGUUACUCCAAAACAACUACAAAAGAUCUUUCCUGAUAUCGCUGCAGAAGAGCUGGUCCGCCCUGAGAACAUCGAUCUUCUGAUCAGCCACAGGGAAGGUCGUUUAGUUCCACAGCCGUUCAAGUUGGAGGGAGAUCUGGUCCUCUGGGACGGCCCAUUAGGCAAAACCAUUGGCGGUACUCACCCUGAUCUCUUCGAGGUGGUCGACCUAACGCUGCACCAGUCUGAUACUCACUUUGCAAGAUCUAUGAGAACAUCCUCAAGGGUGUAUAAGGAGGUCCUUGUGGAUGCCAAAAACCUGAGUGAGGUCCCAACAAGAAUGGAAAAAGUGACCAGCAACACCACUGCCACAAAUAAGGAGGUGUUUGAGUGGUUCAGGUGGGAUAGCAUUGGAGCAGCGUGUGACCCGAAAUGUGGGAGCUGCAAGUGCAGCAAGUGCCCUCCAGGAGGCAAAGAGAUGACCCUUGGAGAAGAAAGGGACUUAGAAAAGAUAAAGGACUGCCUCUCUUAUGUGUUAAUGGACAAACACAGUGAUGCCCCACACUGGGAUGCAGCCUACCCAUGGAAAGUAAACCCAGCAAUUCUGCCAGAUAACCGCCGAGCAGUGGAGGCAACUUUCAAGAACACUGAGGCUCGACUGCUAAGGGAACCUGUGUGGAAAAUGGCAUAUGGAGAGCAGAUCCGUGAGAUGGUAUCAAGAGGAGCAGCUAUCAAGCUCACGAAGGAAGAAGUAGAGGGCUGGAACGGCCCAAUCUGGUACAUCAGCCAUCUGGUUGCCCCAAAUCCGCAUUCUAGCUCAACGCCAGUGAGGAUAGUCUGGAACAGUAGCCAGGAGUUUAAAGGGUUAAGCCUGAACAAUCUCUUGCAUAAAGGCCCUGAUGUUCUCAACCCAAUCCGAGGUGUUCUGCUGAGAUUCAGGAGCAGAUUGUAUGCUGCUCUGGGCGAUGUUAAGAAAAUGUAUAAUUCAGUUUGGUUGAAGGAUGAGGAGGUCCACCUCCAUCGAUUCCUCUGGAGGGAUAACCCUGAAGAUGAAAUCAGUGUGUUUGCCAUCGUCAGGGUCAACAUCGGCGACAAGCCUGCCGGAUGCAUCGCUCAGGUUGCCAUGAGAGAGACGGCAAACCUACCCCAGUUCACAUCUAUGGUUGAAGAGCACCGGAUCCUGACAGAGGAUUGCUAUGUCGACGACAUCUUGACGUCGCAUGAUGAUCUCCAAACUCUAAUUAGGAUGACCGAAGGAGUGGAAGAGAUCCUAAAAGCAGGUGGUUUCUCCCUAAAGCCCUGGGUCCUGACAGGCCAAAGUGGGAGGAGUGAAAAACCCACUGACCCCAGCAACGUCAGGUCAACUGAGCCCAAGACCUUGAUACUCCCCAACCAGAUGCGGGAUGAGGAGAAUAAGGCAUUGGGAUUGGGAUAUGAACCCGAAUCUGACAAACUCCGCAUGCUGACGUCAGUUAACUUUUCAAAGAGGCGAGGGAAGAUGAGGAUUGGUCUGGAUCUACAAGAGGAUGAGAUCAAAGGCAACACCCCCAAUCCUCUCACUCGACGAAUACUGCUGAGUCAGAUCGCAGGGUUCUAUGACCCAAUCGGCCUGGCCUCACCUGCCAAGCAACGAGGAGUGAUGCUCAUAAGAGAGUCCUUUCAGGAAGCAGGAAGAGACCAUCUUACUAAGGACACCUGGGACAAUCCCCUUUCACCACGUCUUCGAGAGGAUGCAAUAAAACUCUUUGAGCAAUAUGUGAGGCUUGGCCAACUUAGAUUCGACAGGAGUCUCACACCCCAUGGAGCCAUAGGCCGCCCAAUGGGGAUUACGUUUUCCGAUGGUAGUGAAGCUUCUUACGGAGCCGUUCUUUACCUACGGUGGGAGACAGAAGAUGGAGUCAUAGUGAAGCUGGUUGAGUCAAAGGCCAAGCUCACCCCUCUAGACCAGAAAGGUGAUGUCAUUAAAGCAGAGCUGUGCGGGGCUGUCUUUGCAUCCCGCCUGAAGACAUACUUCGAGAAGCACUGCUACAUCAAGGUUGAUCGGUGGAUCCAUUUUGUCGAUAGUCAGACAAUCCUGGGAGCUAUCCAGAAGGAUAGCUAUGGCUUUCAGACAUUUUUUGCGAACCGGAUUGGAGAAAUCCAAAAGGCUGGAUCAGUAGAUAGCUGGAUGUGGGUCGAAGGAAAGCAGAACAUCGCCGAUCUCAUCACAAGGGGAGCAUCCCCUGAGGAGCUUGCUGAAGAGUCAGUCUGGCAAAAAGGCCCAGCAUUUUUAAAGUUGCCUGAAUCCGAUUGGCCUGUGAAAUCUGCCAGAGAGAUUAACCCCUCUGUUGCUGAAGAGAUCGGGGGACUUCGGAGGAAGGCGUUCUCAGCACUGGUUACAACAGGAGCCCAGCCCAGGAAAUGUUCAGGCCCAACCAGUGUUGCACUUGUGCAGCUUGUGGACCCUCAAAGGUUUAGUUCACUGGUACGGUUAUGUGGAACAAUUGCCUGGAUGAGACGAGCAGUAGAAAUUUGGCUGGGCAACAGCCAGGCCCCAGAUCGGUCAAAGUGGGAGGCAAGACCAUACCUGUCUGUUGAAGAAAGAGCAACUGCCUUUAAAGAUUUAGCUCUUGCAGCUCAAGAUGGUGUUGAGUUCCGCGAUACAACCUUGGAUCGUCUGGUUGUUCAGAAGGAGGAAAAGACAGGACUCUUGCUUUGUGGAGGGAGAAUCCAAUGUUGGGAUGAGGAUAGAGUGGCUGUACCGCUAAUUCCAUGCCAGUCGUGGCUGGCAACCCUACUGGCCAGGGAGGCACAUGAAGAAAAUCAUGAAGGUGUCGCCUCUACCCUUCUAAGGACAAGAAGGAAAGCUUGGAUCAUGCAGGGACGAAGAACAGUUAAAAAGGUGCUGAACAACUGUGUCACCUGCAGAAAGCAAAGAGCCAAGAUGUGCCAGCAAGUAAUGAGUGAUCUCCCUCAAGAGCGUACCAAAAGAGCAAGCCCAUUCGAGUUUACAACCCUUGACCUUUUUGGCCCCUUUGAGGUGAAAGAUGCUGUUAAAAGACGAACAAGCAAGAAGGUCUGGGGUAUUGUUUUCUGUUGUAUGGCCUCAAGAGCCGUCCAUGCAGACCUCACUGAUGACCAGUCAGCAGAAAGCUUCCUCCAAGCAUAUUCCCGCUUUGUUGCUCUGAGAGGGCAUCCAAGGAAGCUAUGGUCUGACAGAGGCACCAACUUUGUUGGUGCCAAGCCGGCUUUGUGUGAACUGCAUAAACAUCUGGCUUGCUUGCAGUCUGUGUCCAUAGAAGAUGUAGCUGCUAAGAACGGGACUGAGUGGAAGUGGGAUUUUCACCCUGCAGAUGCACCCCACAGGAAUGGAGCUGCGGAAGCUGCUGUGAAGCUUUUGAAGAGGGCUUUCAUGAGCCUCCGAGGAACUACAGGGUCUCUCACAUGGGGGGAGCUCCAAACUCUGUUCUAUCAGGCAGCCAACUUGACAAACGAACGCCCAAUCGAUGCCAGAGCUCAAGAACAGGAGGAUUUGGUAGAGUACUUAACACCUAAUUCCCUCAUAUUGGGUCGAGCAUCGCUUGAAGGAGACACCAGCGGGCUUGACUUAGAGACCCACCCCUGGCGUCGUCUAAGGGCUAUUCAAAUCGGAGUGGACCGAUUCUGGAAAAAGUGGAGGGAAUUAGCUGGCCCAAAUCUGUUCAUUCGACAUAAGUGGCACCGGACAGAGAGGAACGUCAAAGUCGGCGACCUCGUCUGGAUUGCUGAUCCAAAUGCUUUGAGAGGUCAGUUUCGUCUGGGCCGGAUUCUGACAGUUUAUCCUGACCGUAAAGGGAUUGUCAGAGAUGCUGACAUUGCAACAUGUGCUGGCCUUUCUGUUUCCCUGGCAGGUGGCCGGAAGAGGAGUUCUUCACUGCCCAUGACAGUUAUCAGAAGAGAUGUGAGAAGACUGGUGGUCCUUCUCCCGGUGGAGGACAAACCUCAUCCACUCCAGCUGCCAUGAUACUCGCCUCUUCCUGAACCCCUUUCAUUUUUGCACACUUCCCUAUCCUUUGGCCCAAACACCUCUCAAUCACCGCCUAAACCCCUAUCACCGCCCUUAUUCCUGCUGGCUGGUUGGUGCAAGCCUAGCGCUGCCACCAUGCCUAUCAUAUUGCACAUACAUGAAGAGAGAGCAUGCAUAUCCCAUACCUCGCAUACCCGGGCAGUACACCACACACCUGCCAAAGGGAUGUGAUUGACUUGGACAUUGGACUAAACUGUUCCUCUAUCAGUCAUGCCUUCAUAAGACACUUAUAGAUAUUGUGCAAGGCUAAGGGUUUAAAAAAAAAAAAAAAAAAAAAAAAAAACAUUUGUGUCACUAGGAGGUUAUUUGUGAGAUUUUGGUAAGUUCCCUGGAUCAUAAGAUCAGGAACUUAAGUGGGAGGUGUUGUGUUUUGUGGUGUUCUGUUCUGUCAUUUGUGUCAAGUUUUGUUAUUUCUUAUGUACAUGUUUAAUGAAAAAUUUAUUAUAUAUAAGAGCAAUAAAUGCUGCAAGUAACAUUUAUGUAGAAAUAUUAGCGGCCCAAUAAUGCAGUGUCUCUUUAAGAGGGGAGUGUGCAUGUGACCGGUGUUUUAAUACUUUAAAAAGGAAGCGCGAGAUUCAGUUAGUUGUAUUGACGUUCAACCCGGUGUGCAGCCACUUGGUAAGCUCUUUAUUUCAUAUGUUAUCUUGACUGCAUUUAUGUUAUAUGCUUCAUGUUAUUUUAUGUCACCAUGCUAUGUUUUGUACUGUGUUUACAUUCGUUGCACGUUAAAGAUAGCGCUAUGCUUCGGUAGAUCUAAGCUGUUAACUGAUAACUUUAGAGCAUAGCGUUAUCUUUAUAAGUUGACUAGGUAGCGACCAUAUAUAUAACAUUUAGACUUAUAAGAUUGAUGUGCCAUACCUUUUAUUCCUGUUUCGUUUCUUUGGCUUUGUGAAUGUUUGGUUUUGUAUGAGUUGCGGACCGACAUUUUACGUAACACAGUACUUCCUGGUUUGCCGCAGGGCAUUCUGGGAGCUGUAGUUUCCUGCUUCUAAAAAGACUGUGAGCUUUUACAUAGAGUUUGAUAGGGCUUGAACAUGGUGUAUAAUAUUUAAAUAUGAAGCUUAUACAUGAAAUUUGAUGAUGAUAUUAUUAUUAUUAUGUAUUUGUAUGCUACUAAUAUUAUUAUUAGGAUAUUUGUAUUUGAUUUGUAUUUAUAUAUACUAAUAAUGUCUUGUAUAUUUGUAUUUAUAUAUUUAAAUACUAUUGAUAAUGUUAUAUAUUUAUAUGUAAUUUGUAUUUGUAUAUCUGUAUAUUAAUGGUAUUAUUGUGUAUUUAUAUUUAAUUAAUUUUUGAUGAAUGUUAUUUAUUAUUAUUAUUGACUGCAAAGACCUGGGGAGCUGUACUGUUUGUAGUA